AUGGCCGACUUUCCCGUCUCCGGUAAAUUCCCGCUAGGUGGCGUGGAGGAAUUGGACAGAACAUCAGCCCGGGGAGAUCGCCUCCGUGGCCUAGUGGACAGAGCAUCUGCACGGGAGGAUCGCCUCCGUGAUCUAGUGGAGAGAGCAUCUGCACGGGAGGAUCACCUCCGUGAUCUAGUGGAGAGAGCAUCUGCCCGGGGAGAUCGCCUCCGUGGUCUAGUGGACAGAGCAUCUGCCCGGGGAGAUCGCCUCCGGGGUCUAGUGGACAGUGCAUCUGCCCGGGGAGAUCGCCUCCGUGGUCUAGUGGAGAGAGCAUCAGCCCGGGGAGAUCGCCUCCGUGUGGAUAGAGCAUCUGCCCGGGAAGAUCGCCUCAGUGGUCUAGUGGACAGUGCAUCUGCCCGGGAAGAUCGCCUCAGUGGUCUAGUGGACAGUGCAUCUGCCCGGGAAGAUCGCCUCAGUGGUCUAGUGGACAGUGCAUCUGCCCGGGAAGAUCGCCUCAGUGGUCUAGUGGACAGUGCAUCUGCCCGGGGAGAUCGCCUCCGUGGUCUAGUGGACAGUGCAUCUGCCCGGGAAGAUCGCCUCCGUGGUCAAUGGACAGUGCAUCUGCCCGGAGACCCCCUCCGUGGUCUAGUGGAUAGAACAUCUGCGCAAGAAGACCCCCUCCGUGGUCUAGUGGACAGUGCAUCUGCCCGGGAAGAUCGCCACCGUGGUCUAGUGGACAGUGUAUCUGCCCGGGAAGAUCGCCACCGUGGUCUAGUGGACAGUCCAUCUGCCCGGGAAGAUCGCCUCCGUGGUCUAGUGGACAGUGCAUCUGCCCGGGAAGAUCGCCUCCGUGGUCAAUGGAUAGAACAUCUGCGCAAGAAGACCCUCCGUGGUCUAGUGGACAGUGCAUCUGCCCGGGAAGAUCGCCACCGUGGUCUAGUGGACAGUGUAUCUGCCCGGGAAGAUCGCCACCGUGGUCUAGUGGACAGUCCAUCUGCCCGGGAAGAUCGCCUCCGUGGUCUAGUGGACAGUGCAUCAGCCCGGGAAGACCCCCUCCGUGGUCUAGUGGAUAGAACAUCUGCCCGGGAAGACCACCUCCAUUGUCUAGUGGAUAGAACAUCUGCCCGGGAAGACCACCUCCGUGGUCUAGUGGAAAGGGCAUCUACCCGGGAAGACCGCCUCCGUGGUCUAGUGGAUAGAGCGUGUGCUGGGUUACGUUGA